AUGUCUUUGUUCAGUGGAUUGGGCGAUUUGGCCCAUUUGGCUGCGAUUUUCCUUUUGUUACAAAAAAUGAGAAAAUCGAGAUCGUGUUCAGGAAUUUCAUUAAAAUCACACUUGCUCUUUCUUUUAGUAUACAUUACAAGAUAUCUGAACUUGUUUUGGCGUUUUGGAAACUUUUACUUCUUCUUAAUGCGUAUAAUAUUUAUCUGUUCUGAAUUCUAUAUCUGUUAUUUAAUAUUACAGAAUUUACGACCUACAUAUGACAAACGUCUGGACACUUUUCGUACUGGAUACCUAUUGGGCGGUUGCGCGAUUUUGACUCUCAUUUACCCUAGUAAAUACAACGUUUCUGGUAUUUUAUGGACAUUUAGUAUCUGGUUGGAAAGUGUAGCUAUCUUGCCUCAGUUGUUUAUGCUUCAACGAUCCGGUGAAGCCGAAACCAUAACUGCUCAUUACUUGCUUGCCAUGUGUCUUUAUCGUGGUCUUUACAUCCCUCAUUGGAUAUACCGCCUAGCAACUCAAAAGCCCGUCAUGGCUGUCUCGGUGAUUGCUGGAAUUGCUCAAACGAUUCUCUAUGCCGACUUUGCUAUUGUCUAUCGACGCACUGUGUUGCAGGGAAAGAGGUUUCGCUUGCCAGCAUAG